AUGGCUGACGUCAUCGACGUUCUCUACGGUACCCUGUAUCCAAGACUUAAGAAAUGGCUGGAAAGGUGGACAGAUCACAUAAAAAUUUGUGAGAAUUGCUUGAGUAACGCACGAAAUGACGCUCUGCCGGUCUCUAUGCAGUACACAGAAGACAGCCCGAAUUGCUAUUCGAUGCAGCAGGAAUUUAAACAAUGGAGAUGAACUUCAGGAGGCCUAUGUCCAGUAGCAUUUCACAUGUGUUUCAAGGGAUGAACAACCUGUUUAUUCAUAUGAUUCUCCUAAUUUUUUCAAGAUGGAACAAGCCUUAAGAGGAAAGCGGCCUUAUUCCACGUGGAAUUACU